GUGUGCCAGCUUUUCCACAACAUUUUCCUCUUCUGUUCCGUCAAUAUUACAUUACAAACCUAUAUAUAUAUUCACGUCCACCAACAAGUUCGGAGAGGAUUUACUGUUCAAAACCCCAGCGAGAGAAAUCAAGCCUGUUGAAUGUUUGUGUAAUGUGACUGUAUGGAAAGCAAACCGAAGUCUGGUCUCGACGAAGGCGGCGCUCUCCUCAACACUUCACUGAGGGGAGAACACGAAACCUGGACACUGGUGAACGGACAGACGGUGACUACAGAUGAUGGAGCCACAUUUACCUUAUCUGCCUUUAGAAAGUGCGUCCUUUUAACCCUUCAAAGUCCUCUUCUGGAGAGGAAGCGCUGUCAUGGUAGACGCACUGCACUUGGCGCGCGUCUGGACUGAUGGAGAACCGCGAAACUUCGCAGCGGGUGAAGAACAUCACGAACGCGCGUGUCCAGCGCGGUAGAACGAUGGAACGUUGACGCGAUACAUUGUAACAAAGACUCCCAUUAGGGACCAUUUCAGACCAGUCUAUGCCAUGAGGACUCAGAAGUCCCACGGCCGGAGGUCAGCCACACCUUCCCGCCAGCGCUUGCCACGUUUCAGUCUUCACUCCAGGAGAAAGAAAGAAGGUGUAAUCCAGGGAAAGCUGCGUAUCCGUUCCAUGCCGGGUGCCUUUCUGGUGCUUGGGGUGGUGGUUGUUGUUGUUGGCACUUCGCUUGCUGUGGCCGGCUACUGGCCGUACAGGUCCCAUCGAUCAUCAGUGGACACGGCAGAGGAAGGAUCCUCUGGAAGUGCAUCAGGAUGGGGAUUAGGGUCCAAAGGACUGUUUUCAGCAGCAAGUCUGGUUCACAGUGAAAGGAUGAAACUACUAGGACCUGUCAUUAUGGGAGUUGGACUCUUCAUACUUAUUUGUGCCAAUACAGUACUCUAUGAGAAUCGGGAUAGAGAAACUCAAAUGCUUCUGGCGCAGAUGCGGAGCGUCAUUUGCUCUGUUUCUGCAGCUGUUCCCUCAGCAGACCUCUUGCAGGUGAACUCUCUUGCCAGCCACUACCAAUGGGUCAGCAGUUUACCUGCAGCCCACCUGAACAUCCUCUGUCUGCAAGAAAUGUCCAGUUCGGAGCCUCUACUCCAAGUGAAGAGCAUGGAUGAGGAGGACAGCAUUCAGCAGCAAGACACGGUGCACACUGAGGUCCUUCAUCAUCAGGACUCUUCCUCCACCCCCUCGAUUCACUCCUCCAGCUCUUGCAACAACAGUAAGGAGGUUUUUUGCACAGAGGAACGGGGGACCAACUUUGCACUGGAUCUGCAGCAAGAAAGUCACUUUGGACUGAGCAACUGUUUGGCCGCAUCCUCGAUGUCCACACUGGGUGGGGAGGACUUGGAGACCUUCUCCAUCCCACCCAGACGCUCCUACAGCAUGAGCCACAGAACUAAACCUCACAUACUGCCCAGGGAUCUGGUGCAUCCAGAGGACAAGUCCGUGUCUUUGACGGGUCAACAUAAACUGCUUCCAAGGCAGUCCAGCUCAGAGGUGUGCGUGAACAUGGUUGGCAUUACAAGCCUUGACUUUAUACAAAUGGAAGAGCAGAUGCACCGCAGCUGGCCUCGGCUGGACCUCGGAAGCGCCAGGAAGUAUCUCAAGCUGGAGAACAAGGAGGACUCUGUGGACAAGUUCCUGGACCAGCUUGAGCAGCAGUGCUUGCAGUUGAACAAAAGCUACGGCUCAGGUCCCUUCCAGUGAGCUGAGGUUUAAUCAUUACAUCAAGGUUAAUGGCUUGGCGGAUCAGAAGGAGCCUUAUAUAGUGCUAUACACUUGGAAUAACCCAACCAACAAAUGGGUGCAAGUUUCCAGUGGAUAUUCUUUGCACAGUUUCUGGAAUCCCUUGAGGCCAACUAAUUAGCUCAUUUCUAAGACCUAGCAAUUUAUCUCACUUGACUAGUUUUGGUCACUACAGUAGCUUGUUCAGAGAUUUGCGGAGUAUGGAGUUGUAUCACCUACUGCCCUCGACGGUAUGGAGAUAUAAGCCAGCGUCCUGAAGAAGGCUAGGGAUGGAGGUAUUUUACAGUCAUGGGAAUGUGCUAAACAGCUUGUGAUGUCAUAGAUGAUUGGAUGGAACCCAAUUGGAGGGAUCUGUUUGUUAUUGUUGCCCUACUUGUUGCUAGGACACAGCAAGCAGCAUUACUGAACCUUCGAGGUAGAAUAAACGAAGACCUCUGCAGUGACUCGAUUCAAAGUAAACCCAUUUCUGACUUCCGAAAUCAGGUCAGCCAAAAGCACGUCUCUGGUUUUGAUAGUUAUACGGGCCAAAAAAUGGAGAAUGUUAUUUGACCAAAAAAAAUGGAUUUAUCCAAACUGCGUGUCUACUAUUGGAUUGUCCAUUGGAAUUCAUUUAUAUGGUUAAGGUAAUGCAACCUCAGUUGGAGUGUCUGUAAAUCUUUCGUCUAAGAGUAUCUGUUGUUCUUGUAUUUCACCUUUCUUCCAUUUCUGCCUGCUGGCAGUGAAACAAAAGCAUCAAUGAUGAGGACGCAGUGCCCUCUUGGCUUCAUUAACUAAGGUGAUCAGUGUUUUUGCAUGCACUAAUGCGGGUACAUAAUUUCUUUCCCUUUAAAGGGUGGAGCUGGACCGAGCCCCUCCUCUUUGCAGUGAGAAUGUGUAGCUUCACUCUGUUUACAAAAACAAGGCAGUCUCCCUGUCUCUAUUUCGUCCGUGUAGCCUGUUUUUGGUACGCUAUUUUAUUUGCUGUGCGUUCUCAAUGUAUACUGAGCAAUACCCAUAGUCUGACUGACCAAUCAGAUCCUUUACACCACCUAUGAACUGAAUCCCAUGCCUGUGUUGCAAAUAAAAGGCAAAACAAAACCA